CAGGAAUUCCACGAACUGACUUGUUUUCAUACAAGCAACAAGCGAAGAGGCUGAAAACAACAUAAUUUGCACGGCGCCUCUGGAAGACACUCAACGAGGGUGGAGAAAUAAGGAAGGAACAGGAGGGGAGAAAUUCAUCUAAAAGGACCAGCUAUUUAACGAAAACAAAAUAAAGCCAGGCCCAGAGAGAUUCGCGGCAUUCCACAGGGAGCGUGUUCUGGUCAAGUUCAUCACAGUAUGAGCACCAACCGAGGAAGCAAGGCAUUAAAGAUCAAGAGAGAAUCGGGUGAGAACACCCCGGUGCUGAUGGACCAGGACCUGGUGUCGAUGUCCGUGCGGGAGCUGAACCACCACCUCCGCGGCCUCUCCAAGGACGAGAUCCUGAACCUGAAGCAGCGGCGGAGGACCCUGAAGAACCGGGGCUACGCGGCCAGCUGUCGGGUGAAGAGGGUGACCCAGAAGGAGGAGCUGGAGCGGCAGAAGGCUGAGCUGGAGCAGGAGGUGGAGAAACUGGCGGCGGAGAACGCUGACAUGAAGACUGAGCUGGACGCACUGCGCUCCAAGUACGAGGCCCUCCAGAGCUUUGCCAGGACGGUGGCGUGUGGACCCAUCACGCCCACAAAGGUCAACACGACCAGCGUGAUCACCAUCGUGAAGUCCUCCAACUUCUCCCGCUAGCACCCCCCCAGCCAAGGCCCCGCUUUUCCGAAAGGGCCCCCAUCCUCGAGGAGGGGGAGGGGGGAGCUUUUUUGGCUUGCGAGGUAAGAAUUCUGGUAUUCCGACAACACCCAAGCCAAGGUUUACGCAGCACAGAAACUCCUCCUCUCCUUUUCCCUCCCCGGGACGGAUGUUGCCGCAGGAAACCUUUUCACCGAUGAAUUGACUUGAGGCGGGGAAAGUACUCGUGGGGAAGGGGCGGGUUCCUGGGUGGGUUGGGGGAGAGCCAUUACUGGAGAGAGUGGAGUGGGAGCCCCGCUCGUACUCGGGCUGAUCACUGUGGUUGAGCGGCAGAUGUUGAACCACCCUGCACGGCCCGCACCCCGCAAAUAAAUCCAGCCGGGUUGUUCCUCCCAGGUUGAUGGUCUCCCUCGACCCAAGUGAGACAAACCAUCAAAUAUAUCCAGAAAACCAGAGCAAGGGAAAAGGCUGGGUCCGUACAGCUGAUUGGGCAACCUUUGCAAAGAGCAAGGCUUCAGUGCGUAUUCCCUUACCAGACGCACUGAGAGGAGGCCAUUCAGUGAAAUCCUGGUUCCUCUGUAACCUAAAUCCGUGAACCCUUCUUUCUCCCAUAUCCAUUGGUUGACCUCCCUGUCAUAAGCAUGGACCCUUCUCUUCAAAGUCCCUGCCCAAUCUGCUGUGCCCUUCCAGCACAUCCCACCAUAACGUCCCGGAAACAAUAACUGCUCUCUGCCUUUCAGAACUAAGCACUGUUUCAAUGCCAGAACAUCUGGAUUGCAAACCAUGACUAACUCUUACCACAAUGGCUCUUUAAGGGGAAAGCAACUCUGAACUGUAACUUAAUGAAGUUGAGAAGUCUCUUCUGCUUGUUGAUUGUGUUUUAAAGUUCUCUUUAUUUUUUUAAACGGCAGCAGUGCAGGGUCUUUUUUUGUUGACAGAUGGGUGGUUACCAUGGAACUGCCUGCUAGCUGCAUGAUAACACAGGGAAGGUUUUAUUGCAGAUUCAUCUUGCCAUUGAAUGUCUUGUUCUGUUUCCUCUUGUGAUACCUUUCUUUGUCUUAAUUAACGGAACUCUAUUUAUGGAGUUAUAUGUAAAACAGAAAAAUCUAUAUCGAUAAUUGUGGUUGCUCAUUGUGCAAGAGUAUUUAUGACAGGAAGUGACAUCAUCAGUUCUUCAGCGAGCUGGAUCACAGGUGAAGGGGUCAAUUUGGGUUAAUUCCAGUAAAACGCAGCUAGAAUCGAAAAUUGGGUCUAUCCCUUGUUUGUAUCUUCAGAAUAGAUGCCAGGAAGCAGGAAUGUAUCAUAGAAGUGGCUAAAUCUAGUGUUUUGUGGCCUUUGUUUGAAUUGUUUUGUGGCCAAGGCCACAAAAGAUGAGUGGGUUUCUUUGUAUUUUCCUCAAGGAAACAGGAAGAUUUUUGGAGAAAGAUUCACUUCACAGGUAAUACUCAAACUUGCUCAAGGCUGCCACUGUGGUUUUGUGGGGGAAGGGUUGGGGGGAACAGAGGGAGCAGUGGGAAUCUGGAUCAGUGGGAAUCUGGAUCAGUGAGGGAGGCAAAGGAGUGACAAUAGAGUAACAACGGGUCUAAUAGGAUUGGGAAAAUGAAUCCUUUUGAGUGAAGUCAGACUGCACAAAGAAAGAGAGGCAGGUAGAUCAGCAACGCUAAUUGGUUUAUUAUUGUCACAUGUACUGAGACACAGUGAAAAGCCUUGCCCUGCAUGUCAUCCAGGUAGAUCAUUCCAAGCAUAAGUACGUUGGAGAAGUACAAAAGGAAAAGCAAUAACAGAACGUAGAAUAUUCUCUGCAUUUUACUGUCCCUCAGUCAUAAUGUUAAUUUGGAGAUUCAAUAAAUUAUUUGGGAUGCUGUCCUUGGAGGAAGUUCUGGUGUUCUGGGACAAUGUCCAAGUGCUUAAAUGUAUCACAUUGAGAGGAGAGGUUAGACAGACUUGGAUGGUUUUCUUUGGAGAGUUAGAGGCUGAGGGGUGACCUGAUAGAAGUGUAUAAAAUAAUGAGAGGCAUAGAUAGGGUAGAUGGUCAGUCUUUUACCCAGGGUGGAAAUAUCAAAUACUAUGGUGCAUGGGUUUAAGGUGAGAGGGGGGAAAGUUUAAAGGAGAUUUACAAGGCACGUUUUUUUACAUAGGGAGUGAUAGGUCCCCAGAGGGCACUGCCAGGGGAAGUGGUAGAGGCAGAUGUGAUAGUAGUGUUUAGACAGGCACAUGAACAGGCAGGGAGUGGAGGGAUAUGGACCACGUGCAAUCAGAUGGGAUUAGUUUAAGUUGGCGUCAUGGUCAGCACAGACAUGGUGGGCUGAAGGCCCUCUUCCUGUAUUGUUCUAUGUUCUAAUGGCUUGGUGUAGCAUUCAGGUGCUUGUGCACAGGCUGAAGAGAAAACAGCUCUAAGGAUUUGGGAUACCUGAACAAAAUUGAGUCUAAUAUAGUAAUUGUUGCAAAGAAAGAAGCUGUUCCCCAAAAUACCAAUUAUCGAGCUGGGUUGUUGGGGAGAAUGGGGCCUGUUGAUUUGUUCCUCGAAUCUCAUCAUCCUCCCUACUUCUGGUCAUUGCACUAUGACGUCUGCUGGAGUCUGAGUGAGUGACAAGAGUCCUCCGAUUAACAACAGUAUUGCCAAUUUGAAAGGGCCUUGUAACCGGGUGAUAUUGCCCUCUGCCUAUUGGUUCAGUACAUCACAAAGUGCUACUCCUGCUGGGGUAUCAGUGCUCAGGAAUUUGUCCAUUGUUAUGGUGGAGGGGGGAGCAUUUGGAGCUGGAAGGAGAUCGGGAGCAUCAUGGAUGUGUCCAAUUGUGGAUAAGGAAGGGAUUAGCCCUCUCAAGCCCCUUUUCUGACCUUCCAACUUCCAACACUCGCCACCUCCAAUGGAAUUACUGCCAAAUUAGUGAGGAUUUUUGAACCAAUAGCCCAUUAAAUAGCAUGAGGUAGAGGUUGCUAAAAUUAGUGAAUGAACAGACCUCCUCCUGUAUCUAAAUUACUAUGAUUGAACGAGCAGUCAGAAGACUCUUUUGUACUGGUGAUGGUAACGGGACGAUAGCAGGAAUAUUGUUAAUCUGGGGAUUUCUGUGUUUGUCCUUGAGUUUAAAGGCUGUCUGGCUCCAGAAACCCAACUGAGGAGCAGACGAGGAGUAGCGGAGAGGGAAACUGUGAAUUCGGGGACUCGACAGGAUAAGUGCUUGAACAACCAAGGGCUAGUUGGGGUAUAGAUUCACCAGCAAGUGGCUGUGAGCAUAGGUGUGUUGUUACCUGCUGUUGGAGGAGCCAAAAUUCUAAAACAUCCAGCUGCUAAUGAGUUGCAUGUUUACAGUAGGUGUCCUGGGACAAAUCUCCACCAACUAACACUAGUGUUUCUCCUUGGGUGUAGUGCACCAAACACAAGUAAAUAUAUAUUGGACCAGUAGCAGCCAAGUAACCCCACCAAAAGAAAACGUCUUCCUCCCUCACCAGUUUUUGAGGAAGCACACCUUACACUGGCCUGACGCUCAGCUCCAUGUCUAACCUUGGUGUCUAUUUUAUAGCCCCCGAAGCAAGUCUCCAUUGGCGCAGGAGAUUGUCUAUCUCAAUAGCCCGAGGGCCUGGUGUCAGCGUUCACUGGGCCAUGAGUUUAUCAUUGUUCCUUUUUAUUGCAGAAGUUUACCUGAGCUUAGUUCUGCUUGAAUAAGCAAAAAAUUGAUUUGCAGUUCCCUUGACCCAUAAUGCUCCUUUGUUCUGCUUUAAAGAAGUGUUUUAGUCUUUCAGCCUGGUUAAAUUCAACCACUGCCUGUUGAGCUUUGGGGGAACCUUGUCCAAGUUUCCAUGGUGGAGAGCAGUUUAUCUAAGCUGGUCCCAUUUGCCUAUCUUUGGCCCAUAUCCCUGUAAACCUUUUCUAUCCAUAUACCUGUCCAAAUAUGUUUAAGGUAAAAUAGAGGGAAAUUUGAAGGGCAGGGAUCCACCAAAAUAUGGUCCAUUGGAAACUAGUUCAGAAACAGCUGUUAUCAGUGGGGAUGUCAAUAGAUUGUGUUCGUAAAGUGUGACUGUAACUUUAAGGAGAACAGCAUAACUAGGACAGAAGAUUUGCGGUAAUGUCUAACUACAAGCAAAUGUUAAGGUUUUUUCCCCCUCUGUCCCCACCCAGCGUUGCAGAAAGGAGAUAAAAUAUUUUGAGCAUUGAUACCCUGUUAGCUGGCAAAUAAGGACAGAAUUUUCACCCCUCCUUUCACUGUCACUCUGCUGACUCCCGUGGCACUUUCAAUUAAAAGCGCAUGUGAUUGACAAUUUUGUAAACAGAGUUGCAAAGAGAAUUCCCUAACCGUGAGGAAUGCAGUGACACAUCGAAGGUAAACAGUCCUCCGGGUCAAACACUAGCACUCCCAGGUAGAGCACUUAAGAGAGCAAAUCCCCUAUCAUUGCCCAGCAGACAAAGUCCACUAACCUGAUAACCAGUAAUGUCAGGUGCAGGUGACGUGACAACGGUGUGGUCCAUGGCGGGAGAGGGUCAUUUGCAGUUGAGAUGUAAGUGAUAGAGGGCUCAAGAACACUUAACCAUGGUUUGGGUUGUGGGAACAACUCCAUCUAGAUUGGAACUAAUUAUACAGGGCGUACUACAGCUUAAACAGAGGACAGUGCAAAUUUUGCACAAUGACCUGGCUGUGAUUUACACGUGACCUUGUGUAGCUUCAGAUGUAGAAACCCAUCUGGGCUAUUUUAGCCUUUCCCACCAUGAUACCUGGUUUAUGGGACAGAAUUAACAAGAUCAUGCAUCGUAACAUAAGACUUGAAUUGCCUCUGAUACCAUAGGGUAGACAGCAGGAAACUUUUACCCCAUAGCAGAGAUAUCUAAAACUAGAGGGUGUCAGUUUAGGGUAAGGUGCAAGAGGUCAAGAAGGGAUCUGAAGAAAAACCUUUUCACCCAGAGAGUGAAAAACAAACUGCUGGAGCAACUCGGCAGGUCAGACAGAGUCUGUGGAGGGAAAUGGACAGUCGAAGUUUCGUGUUGAAACCACUCAUAGAACAUAGAACACCACAGCACAGUACAGGCCCUUCAGCCCACAAUGUUGUGCUGACAUUUUACCCUGCACUAAGAUCCAUCUAACCCUCCCCUCCCACAUUGCGCCCCCCCAUUUCUCUAUCAUUCAUAUUUCUAUCUAAGAGUCGCUUAAAUGUCCCUAAUGUAUCUGCCCCCACAACCUCUGCCGGCAGUGCGUUCCACGCACCCACCACUCUCUGUGUAAAAAAAAACUUACCUCUGACAUCCCCCCUUAUACCUUCCUCCAAUCACCUUAAAAUUCUGUCCCCUCAUGUUAGCCAUUGUUGCCCUGAGGAAAAAGUCUCUGACUGUCCACUUGAUCUAUGCCUCUUAUCAUCUUGUACACCUCUAUCAAGUCACCUCUCAUCCUCCUCCUCUCCAAAGAGAAAAGCCCGAGCUCGCUCAACCUAUCCUCAUAAGACAUGCUCUCCAAUCCAGGCAACAUCCUGGUAAAUCUCCUUUGCACCCUCUCUAAAGCUUCCACAUCCUUUCUAUAAUGAGACGACCAGAACUGAACACUGUUCAUCUGGACAGAAUAUGCAGGAAUCUGGAGGGUUUGUUCUUUACUCCAGAUUCCAUCAAUCACAGUCUCUUGUGUCUCUCAGCUGAUCAGUACACCCUUCCACUUCCUUUCUCCCCUGUGGAACUAUUCCCUGUAAGAUCCCAUUCCUCUUCUCAGUGCCCUCCAGUUAAAGGAAUCCCUCCUAUAUUCCUUAUUGCACUUACUUGUAGAGGAGACUUUGAAGCAUUGAACUGCCACCUCUUGAAGAACCUGGUGCUCUGGUCAAUCAAUUGCCUCAUCUCGUUGGACCUUGAAAAUCAAAAUAAAAUGUGGGCCCAGGAAAUCCGAAAUUGGACUUUGCUGGGAAGAAAUUGGUGCUGCCUUUGUGUUUGAGGGUCUCAAAUUAGUUGGGAUAUUCUUCAACACGAUCCAAGAAUGUGCCAAAGGAAGGGAGUUUGUCCUUGAUCCAUUGAGCGAAUGAUUAUGGCAAUGUGUGUGCUCCAUUCACCUCUGCGUUCCAGUGUAGAUGAUUAACAAUUUUUUAUGCUAAAUCUCACACUGUUCUGGAAGUAAAGAGCUGCCCUGUUGCUCUUUGUGCCAACACUGUAAACUGUUCAAAAAAAAAAGCACAUGCUCAUGAAGUGGGCACCCUACCAAUCAGAUUGAUUCUUGCUCUCCUCAGUCAAAGGCCAAAGGAGAUUUGGUAAUAUCUGUACCUCUCAAUACUGAAGUGGUGGUGGAGGCUGAUACAUUGGACAAGUUCAAGAGAUUGUUAGAUAAGCAUAUGGAGGAAUUUAAGUUGGAGGGAUAUGUGGGAGGAAGGGGUUAGAUAGUCUUAGGUGUGGUUUGAAGGCCGGCACAACAUGGUGGGCCGAAGGACCUGUAUUGUUCUGUGGUUCUAUGGUACAACACAGAGCGGUGUUUAAAAACAAUGACACACCAACUGUGUGUUCUGAUUUUUUCAGUUGAUAUUUGGUAGUGAAUUGUAGAGCGGAUGUACUUGAAUGCUAAAACAGGAUGGACCGGGCAAAAUAUUAUCUUUGGAUCAGGAUUACAAAACUCAGUGUUAUGCCUGGCAAAGAAGUUGUGUAUAAAUAUGUGGAAUUAAGCAGGAAGAAUUUCGCGUGUUGGAAUUCUGUAAUUGUUGUGUGCCUAUGAACAAUUCCAGAAUUGUUGAGUGCAUAUCAAAGGGUGUGUGGGUGUGGGGAGUUAUGGUAAGGUUGCUGAUGAAGGAGGAAAUAGUGCAGUUGGGGUGGGGCCAGUGGGGGAGUCGGGAAAACCGGGUAAUCGGAUGACAGAUGGUGAUAAUUGAGAAUCAUUUCAAAGUAGAAAGUCAAGUCAAAAGGUCCCUGCUGAUGGUUGACAUAGACAUGAUGGUCUGAAGGGCCUGACCCAUGCUGUACAGCUCGAGAAUUCGAAGACUAUGGCAAAAGAUGAAAUGUGGAACAGCCAAGAAUGUAAAAAAUGUGUGAAGAGUUGAUAGAUUUAAAUGGCACUUGGGUGUUAAAAGCAGGAAUAUGAAGGAAAGUGUUGAGUUCUUUAGCUUUAAGUUCCUGAGUAAGUAUGAGGCUGUAGAAUAACUCUCGGUAUUAAUAGGGGUGGAUGUGAAGCUGGAAUAUCUUGGCCACAGGGAUGCCCCGUGUUUAGUCAGUACAACCUACCUCGGAACCCUGGGUUGUUAAUCUCAGGUGUUUAUCGGUACAAGAGCCAUUGUGCAUUUUCAGUGGCUCCUUUCGGGAGCUGGAAGAAAUCCAAAUCCCGUACGGAGUUUGCACAAUCUCCUUGUAACUAUGUGUGUUUCCUGCAACAUCCCAAAGACGUGCGGGCUGGUAGGUUAGUUGGUCUCUGUCAAUUGCUCCCAGGUGCGCAGGUGAGCGGUAGAAUUCGAUGGGAGUCGAUGGGAAUGUGGGGAGAAUAAAAUGGGAUUAAUGCAGGAUUAGUGCAGAUGGGUGUUCGAUGGUUGGUGCGGACUCAGUGGGCUGAAGGGCCUGUUUCUGCGCUGCAUGAUCCUAUGACUCCUCUACAAAAGAAAAAUUAUUGCUGUUAAAGGUUUGGAUUAAUUGUUCUACCUCACUAACUGUAAACCAACCUCAAUCACUAAACAGAUGCUUAAAAACUAGGAUAUCUCCAAGCACUGUACCCAGUCCUAGAGAGGGAUCUGUUUGUGAUAUUGUUAACUUACUACAACAACAUUUUAACAUUUAAUAUUACAACAAAUGCUUGUUGCCUUAAAAAAUGUGUUGGCUGCCCCUGUGCCAUAUUAUAGCUAAGACUUAAACCAUAAACCUCUGGUGUCAUGACUCAGUUCAGCCUGACACCGACAUCCACGGCCUCCUGCACUGCUGAGUCGAUGCUAGAUGCAGAUUAGAGGAGCAGCACCUCAUAUUCUGCCUUGACGGUCUCCAACCUGACGGCAUGAACCUCGAUUUUUUCCAACUUCUGGUUACUAUGCCCCUCUGUCCCUUCCCCUUUCUUUUCCUGAUCUAUUUCUUUCCCCUCCCCACCCUCCCCUUGACUCCAUGGUCCAUUGUCCUCUCCUAUCAGAUUUCAUCUUCAGCCCUUCCACCUAUCACCUUCCAGCUUCUGACACCAUUCCCACUCUCCUCCCUCCCCCACCUGUCUAUCAACUCCCCCCCCCCUCACCUGGAUCCACCUAUCACCUGCCAGCUCUUGCUCCACCCCUUCCCCCCCCCCCACCUUUUUUAUACUGGCUGUCUCCCGUCUUCCUUUCCAGUCCUGAUGAAGGGUCUUGACCCGAAACGUCAACUGCCCAUUCCCCCCUCAUAGAUGCUGCCUGACCCGCUGAGUUCCUCCAGCUCCUUUGUGCGUUGCUCCAGAUUUCCAGCAUCUGGAGUCUCUUGUGUCCCAGUUGAAACUUGCCCAUUUGUUGUGGUGCGUGAAUUGAAGUAUCCUACCAUCAAAUAGGGGGUGAGGGUAUGGUCGGUGUCAGUUUGUCCUCUGAGAGCAGCAUUGCUGAAAAGACUGGCAAAGCAAGGGACGGUUUCCUGCCAACCACUUCUCCCUCAUUGCCCUGAGGUUUGGGGGUUACAACCUGUGGGUUGGGAAGUGAAGCAUUCUCAUCCUGAGCUGCCAUCUGCUUCCUGUGUGCUGCUGCGAGGCAUGAGCCUUCUCCAGUGUCUGAGGACACCUUCGCUCUGCUCUCAUGAAAGUACCUUCCUUCGAAGUUCAGUCAGCUCGAAACCAAUGACUGACGUUUCUGACCACAUACAAUGCUUCUCUAAUAUCUCACAUACACAGUGGUUGCAUCUUAAAAUAACCAGUGUCAAGAAUAAGCAAGAAGCUGCAAAAAUAUCUCCUGGGAGCAGAUGCAACUUGCAAUAUUUUAUCUUAUUAAUGGUGACAAUGUCAAUACCAUCCUCUUCUAGGCUAAUAUAUAUUUUUUGACAAAGCAACAUCAUAUGGGUGCUGGAAAGCGGAAAUAAAAAUAGAUAAUGUCAGAAAUAGUCUACAGGUCACUCAGCCUCAGUGAAGGGAAUGAUGGUUAACGUUCUGGGUUGAAAGCCCAUAGAGUCAUACAGCACAGAAACAGGCCCUUCAGCCCACUGGGUUGGUACCAACCAUCAAGCAUUCACUUACACUAAUCCUACUUUAUUUUCUUCAUGUUCCCAUCAACUCUCCCCCAGAUUCUACCACUCACUAGAGGCAACUCACAGCGGUUAAUUAGUCUAUUAACCUGCAUAUCUUGGGAAUGUGGGAGCAAACCGGAGCACCCAGGGGAAACUCAUGCGUUCAGGGAGAACGUGUAGAUUCCACGCAGGCAGUGCUGGAGGUCAGGAUUGAACCCAGGUUGCUGGAGAUAUAAGGCAGCAGCACUACCAGCUGCACAGCCAGUGCAGAAAAGAUUUACCAAGAUGUUGCCUGGACUUGGGGGCCUGAGUUACACGGAAAGGUUGCAUAGACUAGAACUUUAUUCUCUGGAAUGUAGGAGAUUGAGGGGUGACCUGAUAGAGGUGUAUAAGAUCAUGAGGGGGGCAUAGACCGGGUGAAAGUGCACAGUCUUUUUCCCAGGGAGGGGGUGCUAAAAACAAGAGGGCAUAGGUUUAAGAUCAGAGGCAAGAGAUUUAAAAGGGACAUCAUGGGCAGCUGCUUCACACAAGGGGUGGUGCGUAUUUGGAAUGAGCUGCCAGAAAUAGUGGUUGAGGCAGGCACAUUAGCAACAUUUAAAAGCCAUCUAGAUAAGUACAUGGAUAGGAGAGUUUCAGAGGGCUACGGGUCAAAUGAGGGCAGAUGGGACCAGCUCGCUGGGCAACACAGUCCGCGUGGACGAGUUGGGCUGAAGAUCCUGUUGCCGUGCUGUAUGACUCUAUGACCACCUGAAACAUUAACUGCUUCUCCCCACUCAUUUGCAGAUCUGAUCAUCACUUCCAGCUUCUUGUACUGAUUUGUUUGACUCGUAAGCGUUAAUGUUUUUAAUGGUGCCACCACCUUGAAAUACAGUUUCAUAUCACUGUGUUUUAUCCAUUAGCCAUGGACACAACUUGUAAUGAAAAUCAAAAACUGGCAGCUGCUGGAAAUCUGAAAUCAAAUCAGAAAAUGCUAGAGACACUUAGCAGGUCAGGCAGCAUCUGUGGAGAGAGAAACAGGGUUGACUUUUUGGGUCGAUAACCCCUUAAGAACUGUGAAAGGGAGAAAAGAUUAGACUUAAGUUGCAAUGAGAGUGGGGGAGGGAUGGAUAGGCCAAAGUGAAUAUUGUGAUGGGGUGAGGGCAGGGUUGCCAUGUGGAUAAGUUGUUGAUGAAAGCAUCUGGUUAAUAGAUUAAUGAGGGAAAUUACAGAGGGAGAGAGCGAGAGAAAGAACACAGAUGAACGCUGAGCUAUAAGAAAUGCCCAACAGGUCACACUGUGCCUCUGGAGAGAGCAAAAACAGAGCCAAUUUUACAAAGGAUGAUCUCCUGUGUCCUUUCAAUAUUCUCAUGAUGACCCCCAACAAUGGAACAGCAUUGAUGGUGGACAAUCUUUCCGGGGGGGUUUUUUAUCACUGUAGCUGUUAGUCUGAAAGCAAUAGUCGCUGCUUAACAAUGGACCUUAUUCUGUCUGUUUAUGUGCUGUAUAAAAGACAGUCUUCUUUGUUUAAAUGAGUAACAUUUACAAACUCCAUCUGUCCAGUCCCAAAAAUCUAAAGCAAACACUUCGUCAAAUGCAUCUCAGCCCCAACUAUUUCCAAAGUUUCACUCUCUGUGACUUCCUGGGCAUAUUGACCACCCUCUGGUUAAGAUACUGUAAGUCUGACUUGAACUUAAAUCACCUUGAUAUAAAGGAAGCAUUUAACACAUAGUUUAUGUGAAGGUUCUGGGGAAGAUCCCAAUGUUUUGUUGCAGUCUUGACAAUCAUGGAGCAAGCUGCAUAAGUAAAACGAGUCUCUGUUUUCCUUUUGAGGAAGUAGAUGAAUCUAAAUGACCUGGAGUCCUUGCCAUGGAUCACAGAAAGUUAACAUCCAACCAGUUGGGUCAGAAAAUGAUAUGUUGGCCUUUAUUGAGAGAGGAUUUGAGUAAAAAAGGUAGGGAGGCUUUGCUCCAAAUAUAUAAAGACCUAGGGAAUCCAUAUCUGGAAUAUUUUGUAUAAUUCUGGUUUCCCUACCUUAGGAAGGAUGCAUUUACAAUGGAGAGGGUGCAGAGAAGGUUCACCAGAUUGCUUCCUGUGAUUGGGAUUUGUCACGAGGAAAGUACAGCACAGAAACAGGCCCUUCGGCCCACCAUGCCUGUGCUGACCUUUUGGCCAUCGACACUAAUCCCAUUUGCCUGCAUUAGGACCGUAUCCUUUUAUGCCUUGCCUCAAGUGUCUGUCUAAAUGUCUCUUAAAGUAAUUAUAUCUGAUUCCACCACCUCCUCUGGCAAUGGGUUCCAAACAUCAACCAGUCUCUCCGUAAAAACUUGCCCCUAAGAUCCCCUUUAAAUCUCCUACCUCUCGCCCCUUGUUCUUGAUACCCCCUGCCAUGGGAGCAAUUAAGCAAAUUUACAACUACUCUCUGGAGUUUAGAAGAAUGAGAGGUGACCUUGUUGAAAAGUAUAAAAUUCCGCUGGUGCAUACAGGGAUGAAGCUUUUCCCCAAGUUAGGCUUGGCAUAUAUAUGUCGAGAAGAUGCCUCCCUUGGUCUGGGGAGUCUAGAACCAAAGGAAUACAUUCAGAAUAAGACUCGGCAGUUUAAGACAAGUGCAGAGAGAAUUAUGAAUCUUUGGGGCUUUGAAAGACACACAAAUAUGGAAGCUAAGUCGUUAGGUAGACAAGGCAGAGAUAGAUUUUUGGACUACAAAACCCUGGGUUGUGGUGUUCAGACGGGUACUGGAGUUCAACCAAGCGAUCAGAACUUAUUUACUGGCAGAGGAGUUUCAAGGCACCCGUUACUAAUGAAUUAGUUUGCUUCAACUGUACCAAUGACCAACCAUUCUUGCAUGGUCUGCCCCAGCAAUCUUCCUAGGGUGAUCUUCAUGGUUCCUGCUUGCAUCAAAGUCCAAAUGUGAGGGACUCUUCAACACACCAAGGUGUCUCGAAGUACUUUCCGAGGAAGAAGAGUGGGGAUCCAGCCAGGAGGUGAGAGAUGGGGUUUAUGAAGGUGGACUCACUGAAUUGUAAUUGCAUUUGGUUUAUUGUUGUCAGAUGUGAAAAGCUUUUGUCUGCGUGCCAUCCAGACAGAUCAUUCCAUACAGAAGUACAUCAAGGUAGUAUAAAAGGGGAAGAAAACAAUGCAGAAGAUAGUGCAGUGCAGGUAGACAAAUAAAGUGCAAGGGUCACAGUGAGGUAGAUUGAGAGAUCAAGAGUUCAUCUUUAUCGUACGAGAGGUCCGUUCAAGAAGUGGAGAUGAGGGUGAAUGGAAGUGGAAAAAAUGGAACAGAGGAUGUGAGAGAAGGCAUUGAUUGUAGAGGUCAGGUGCUGAGGUAUGGUGGAAGGAUUUGGAACCGUAGACAAAUUUUGAAAUCGAUGUACUGGUGGACACGGAGAAUGUUGAUGGGUAAAAGUCUUGAUCCCCCACACUGUGCAGGGUGAGACACAGCCUUGGUUUGGGGUGCAGAGUCAGCAGAGGUAGGAGAAAGCCAAAGGUCUGGCUGCUAUCCAGUGACCCAUGGCCUAAACAAGCCCCAUUUUCUCCAUCCUCCCAAUUAUGUGCCACAGACUGAAUAAAUCAGAGGAACCUUUCGUGUUUAUUUCCUGGAACUCACUGCAGUACUGGUGGUAGAAACAGUCAAUCAGUAUUUUCCGAAGGGAAUUGGAUGGGCUCUUAAGGGAAACCAACUUGACUAGAUUGUUCUACAUGGUCUGGAUGAUCUCCAAGUUAAUGGUCCAAUGUGUAAUUUGUAUAGGAUUCAAUAAUGUCAGCACUGUUAACAUUAAUAUUGUUGAGCUGACUUCAUUGUUUCAUGGCGUUGGGUCCCACACGUUAGGCUUGUGAUUGGACACUUGGUUAAGGAGGGAGGCUUUAAGGAGUAGCGGGAAGGGUGGAGAAAUUUAGGAUGGUAAUUGGCCAAUUUAGGAUCUUGGCAGCUGUGGGCAUGGCUGCCAAUGGCAAGCUGAUGUUACCACCUUAAUCAUGGCCAGCAGGAGAUGAUGUGUGGAAUGAACUACACCUGCCAGUGUUGGCCCAUAGUUGAGCUCCAUAUCAUGGUAUUCCUGACCAGAGAGGUUGAUACCAAUGUCAGUAGGCCAGGAGUAAAGAACACGCUAUUCUUUAAAUGUAUGAUUGUGAGUAGUAUUGACAGGCAGCUGUACCAAUGUCUCUCAAAGGUUAGACACCUAAUGGGCUUCCCAACUCCGCUCUUGUCAAGCCAACCAUCUCCCACUGGCUGCUUGUUUCAGAGGGGAAGUCCACUCUCUGAAUUGCCAUGCUGAUAUGAGUAGGAAGGUCUUUCUGUCUGUGUACUGAUGCUGUUCAACUUUCUUGGGCCAUCCAGAGACCAUUUGGAGAUGGAUGCUUUUAUUCAAAGUUCUUCUCUGUGAUGUCAUUACCACCCAUUCCAGUCUCCGUUUGAACUUGGUGUCUCUGGGUUAUCAAAGUUCCAGACCGUUGCAUCUUCCCUGGGGGCUGUUGAACCACUCCACCUCAGAUCAUUUCCUCAAGCAGAGCAGGAGGUAACAUGGCAGUGGUUCUUAAUUUGGCAGCAGUUCUUAAUUCAGUGGAAGGUACAUAAGCAGUAGCAGAAUGAGGGACUGUAAAUUAGUCAGAUGAACCCAAAUGGGAGAUUGGGGGAAACGGAACAGUUCUCAGCCGCCAUGAGGAGAAAGUAGGAAGGAAUGUGUUGAUGGAUGAGACACAUUGGGGCAGCAGUUUAGGUCUUGUUAGUGCUGUUUCCUUUGAGAAUGAAAUGAAACAGGAUGGGUACCACAAAGCCAAAAUCAGCGAUUUUUUUCUAUCGAGUUGACAGUUGGUGACCUUGGAUGAAGUGUGGCCACAACUUUCAGUUGAUACCUUCACAAAGCAAGGGACUCCUCCCAGUUUCUCUGGUUCUCUGCCUUUCUUUGUCCUGUAAUCUGAUGGGAUGAAACAUUGGAAGAUUUUGGGGGAGGUCGGGGUGUGGUUGGGUGUGUCAGUGACUCCAGAAAGCAAGAAGAUUGCUUUUAGAAUGCUCACAUGAUGAUUAACAUAACUUUCCUUCAAGUGACCUUAAGUAUGCACAAGAGCAGGCAUGGGCCCUGUCACUAGGCACAUACUGUACCUGGUGUGUUUCACAUGCAUUCUGAUUCCUAAAGGGUUCCUCCCAGAGUAAUUUUUACUCUAUGCCAAUUACAGAAUGAUUUGUUGGGGGAGAUAUGAAACAAUAGUCAAGUAGAGAAUAUAAAGAUGGAAUUCUGUUACUAAGACUUGAAGACACCAUGUACAGAAUGAACAAGGGAUUCAUUGGCCAUUUGCUGUUACUUACUCCAUUCCCAGCAUAGUUUACCCUUGCUGCAAAUGAGUUGAGAUGAAGGGUCUCGACCCAAACUGUUGAAUGUCCAUUUCCCUCCACAGGUGUUGCCCGACCCAAGUUCCUCCAGCAGCUUAUUGCUGGCUCCAGAUUCCAGCAGCUGCCGUUUCUUGUCUCCAUCAAGCAUUAAAUCCAAUCUUCUUUAUUUCCUUUUCUCGUUGCCAAAUUCUCUAAUCGUCUCUUUACAAGGUGGUGGGUGAAUCAGUGCAUUCAAUGUGGAGGAAGCACUCCCACAGUCCAGUUAGGUAAUGAAUCCCAGGGAUGGCAAGGUAUUCCUGGUCAGGGUGGUGUGGGACAUGAAUGGGAUCUGCAGGGAGUGGUAUUCACUGCCUUUGCCCCCCUUGGUGGUAAGUAGCCUCAUGGUUUUGUUGCUCAAACCUGUGAUAGUGCAAAGGACCGUUUCUCCCCUCACACACCACCCAUUUUCGCUCCUUCCUUACUACAUUUUGUAAAGCCAGCAAGAUUGCUUCACCUUUUUACAUGGAAAAUGAGUACAGGGACUCCCCAUGCUAUGGACGUCUUGACUUACAGAAAUCCAUCUUUUUGCAAAUUCUCCCAUAAAUUUUUAAAAACUUUUUCACAGUGGUAGGAAUAAUGUUUUGUGGUCAUCAUCAACAACUGGAUACAGAAUAUAUUCCAUUGGCUUAAUUAUGGGAAGUGUUAGGGUGAAUAUUCAGUGAAAUGAAAGAAUUAUACCAAGUAGGGUGAUACGAUACAGGUGGCUGUAGAAAACAGACAUUUCCAAGUUACGGAGAAAUCAACAGUACUGAGGAACAGAACCCUUCCAUAGCCUGUAACCUUACAUAGCCUGUAUUCUAAUAUCAGGGUAGCUCUGUGUGCCUGCUUGUGAGUGUGCGUGGGCAGGAGCAGAACAAGGGACCAGGAGUAAGUUGCUCUGAUAAACCCAGUUGGGAAAUUGGGGGGAAUGGAAUGGUUGCCACGAGGAGAAUAAGGGAGAUGCAUUUCAGAGGCAAUCACAUGCAUGUGCAUGAACCGGGCUACAUUUUUAUUUAGACCUGCCUGUUCUGCUGUCUCUCAAUUUUCUUGAACUUCCCAGUACAUUCACUAAUAGCAGGACAGUCACCAGUUCACCUUUGUUGUUGACCCUUCGGCCACUGCACAUCAGGUAGAGCGGGAGCAUGGAUGAUACGACUAGCUCCUCCAUAGAUGCUGUCUGACCUGCUGAGUUCCCCCAGUGUCCUUUUGUGUCACUUCAGAUUUCAGCAUCUGCAAACUUGUAAUGAGGGCUCUCUGGCUGCGAUUUCACCUACUCUUGGGCUUCUUCACACCCCUUCCUUGGUGGGCGUGGAGGAGAGGUCUGUAAUCUGCUCGGCAUUUCCCCGGCCAAAAUAGGAAACUCUACCCAAAGGUUCCAAAACCCAUCCUUGCCACACAGCCGUGUAACAUCACCCAGUGGAAGGCUUGAGUUAUUUUAAAAGCCAUCCCACUUCCUAUAAAACGUGGGGAGGAUGUGUGGUUUAACAGUAACAUCCGUCUGCCUAUUUUUUGCCAUUGUGGCCAGCGAUUACGUCACACAGACACCUGCACCCUCCUCAACCUGACAUCAGAAGCAUGACUGAAACCCGGCUUAAAGAUAAAAUGUUCCAAUCAACAUAAUUUCCAACACACCAAACUCUAGACGAUGCACGUUUUAAUUAGGACUUCAGGGAUAUAUUUUAUAGGGUUUUUGCUUUGAAUUGUAAGGUGUCGUCUCCACAUCAGCUGUUUGUUUAUAAAAUUAUGGCUGUGCAAGAAAUCUUACAAUUAACUGCAGGCUGAUUAUUUACCCAGGAUAGUUACCUGCCAGAGAGGUUAUUUUUUACCUCCACUUCCUGUACUAUUUCUAGUCCACAGCAGAGCUGAGUCUGCCAGGAUCAACACAAUGAAGGCCUACAGAGUGGACUCCUUGCAAUGAGAUGUUGCAUGUCAACAGGGCCGGCGACCUUAGUGAUCAGAUCCAGUGGGGGGGUGGGGGGAGUUGGUUGUUGAUGUGAUGUGUGGAGAAUAGGUUACAGGGAAAAAUAGCAAACCAGAAAAUAUCUUCUCUACAAAAAUUUGACUGCUUGCCCAAUGACUGAGCUGGAAGCAUCAAAACAGUCAGUUGAGGCAAAUUUGGAGCUACAUUGGGUUGUCAGUAGACGGACAUUUUACCUUUCCGCUUCCAUAACUUGGUUCCAGGGGCCUGCAGCAAGUUUGAGGCCCUUUAUGACCCUAUGCUUGCAAGUAUUGCCACCCUCAAUGUCCUCUCUUCCUCCUCCCACUCCCCAAGAUCUACUAAGUGGCGCAGUGACACAGCAUUUAGUGCAGUGCCUCAACGCCAGGGGCCCAGGUUCGAUCCCAUCCACCUUGACUCAGCAUAUUCUCUCCCUGACCAUUUGGGUUCCCCCCCCCCCCCCCGGCUGCUCUGGUUUCUCCCCACAUCCCAAAGGUGUGUUGGUGGGUUCACUGGCUGCUUUCAAUUACCCCUAGUGUAGGGCAAUGACAAUGUGACUCAAAGGGAAGUUGUUGAGUAUGUGAGAGAGAACGAGGAGCACAGGGAAAUAAAGAAGCUGGAAUGGUACUGAUGGGAUUGCUCUGCUGGGGGCUAACAUGGACAUGAUGGGUCAAAUAGUAGCCUGCUCUAUUGUUAUAUGCCUGCCUGAAAUUAGGGAGAUCAGAGGAAGUGGCCAACCAAGGAAGAUUGGACAGAAUUUUUGAUUGUGCAAGGGACUACAUUCUAAUGCAGUUUGAUCAAAUACAAAGCAAUAUCAAUAUACAUAUAUUUUUCUUUAGAAGACGUGGUAUUUAUAAACAGAGGUGAUGUAUAAAAUAUAUUUAACCAUAAGACUGACUAACACACUCAUGCCUUCCUCCCUCUGGGAAGGGGUAGUUGGGAGUAUGUAGGAUUAUAGGGCUUGUAUAGGACCAGAUGGGUAUGUUUGAGGACUCCCACGGACACAGUGGUAGUUAGAACAAGUUGUCGACUCUGGUGAUUUAAGGCGCUGCUCUGAGAACUGAUUCUAUUAUUUAUUGCAUAAAUUAUUUCAUUUUUUCUGUCCUAUAAAACUUGUUUGUAGAUAUUAAAGAUGUACUUUUUAUAUUAUAUGACCAUGUUUCUUUAAAAAAAAAAUCCACAUAUUUAUUGCUUUGUAAAAUUAAUGUACCUUGAUGCAUUUAUUUUGUAUACUGUACCAAUAAAGACAUUUUUCCAUA